UAAAGGGACAAUGUCCCCCGAGCGGUGGAGGCGGCGGCGGCUGCGGAGGCCGCGGCACCGGCACCGAGAGCGGCAACGGGGAUAGCGGCAGCAACGGCCGCAUCGAGGAGGGGAGCUCCGAGCCCCGGCACCCGGCCGGCGGCACCGCCUCCCCGAUCUACAAUGCCUCACUGAGCCAACCCAGCAACUGAGUGGAGCCAAGUAGACGACACUCAUGGACGGGCCACUGGCAGGAGGUCUGGCCACCCCAGAUCGUCCUCGUGGUCCUGAGAGACUGCCUGGCCCAGCACCAAGACAGGACAUUGAAGGUGGGGCUGAGGCUGCUGAGGGGGAAGGUGGCAUCUUCCGGUCCACCCAUUACCUGCCUGUCACCAAGGAGGGCCCCCGAGACAUUUUGGAUGGCAAAGGUGGCCUUUCUGAUGGGCAUCCCCAUCCUGGCCUCAGCGAAGCCCUCCCCCGUGCCACCUCCGCCACCCAUCGGAUCAGCAGCUGUUGCUGGGAUGGAGGCAGCCUAGACUUCCGGCCGGGCUCCCCACCACCCCAUCUCCUGGGCCACUUCCCUGGCCCCCCCGAUGGCCGGGGGCCCUGGGAACACCCCCUGGUCCAGGAGGCCAGGGAGGGCAUCCCAUCUGAGCGGAGGUUCGAGGACUCGGUCAUUGUGAGAACCGUGAAGCCUCACACUGACCUCGAGGGCUCUAGAAGGUUCUUGCACCACCAGGACGAACCAAAGUUCUUGGAGAAGGCCCCCCAGGGCCGCCCCCAAUUCGACUGGCUCCGAGACACAGAUGGGCAGGCCCUGCCCCAGGACUCAGGGCUGUCCCUGGACCUGCCGUCCCAGCCACUGCCCCUCGCCUCCUUCAGGACGGUGCUCUUGCCAGUAGAAGACUCCUCUAAGGCCUUGGAUGCAGCAGUGGUGGGCACCACGGAGCACCUGGCGGACCUCGAGGGGCUGACCCAGCCAUCCGAGUGGGGCCUGCCCCGAUCCGCCGCAGAGGUGGCUACGCAGACCUGGACGGUGAACUCAGAGGCAUCCGUGGAGCGGCUGCAGCCACUGCUGCCCCCAAUCCAGACGGGGCCUUACCUGUGUGAGCUACUGGAGGAGGCAGCCACGGGCAUGGCCAGCGCAGACGAGGAUGAGGACGAGGAGCCGGCCGUGUUCCCGUGCAUCGAGUGCAGCAUCUACUUCAAGCAGAAGGAACACCUUCUGGAGCAUAUGAGCCAGCACCGCCGAGCCCCAGGCCAGGAGCCCCCUGCCGACCUGGCCCCCCUGGCCUGCGGCGAGUGUGGCUGGGCCUUUGCCGACCCCAGUGCCCUCGAGCAGCACCGGCAGCUACACCAGGCCUCCCGGGAGAAGAUCAUCGAGGAAAUCCAGAAGCUGAAGCGUGUCCCAGGUGAUGAGGGCCGGGAGGCAAGACUGCAGUGCUCCAAGUGCAUCUUUGGCACCAACUCACCCAAGGCCUUUAUGCAGCAUGCCAAGCUGCACGUGCGUGAGCCGCCCUGCCAGGCCGCCAAGGAGCCCUCGGGGGGUGGCAGCGGGGCCAGCAGCCCAGACCCCGAUGCCACCACCCUUGCCUAUCAGCCCUAUGCAGCCUCCUCGGGCCUCAGUGGCUGCAUUUUCUGUGGCUUCCCAGCGCCCAGCGAGAGCCUGCUCCGGGAGCACGUGAGGCUCGCGCACACCCGUCCCCACUGGGAGGAGGAUGGCGAGACUUUUGAAGAGGACCCUGCUAGCCAACCAGGCACCAGCCAGAAUGCAUACGCCCACUCCCCUGAUGCUGCUGAGGACUACUUUGGCAAAGCUGAGCCCCUUUUGGCCCCCAUGUGGCAGGAGAACCCUGCUGGAUAUGACCCGAGGCUGGCCUUUGGCCCAGGCUGCCAGCAGCUGGGCAUGAGGGAUUUCCCACUGUCAAAGCCACUCCUGCAUGGCUUGGGCCAGCGGCUCCUGGGAAGCGCAGCCUUUCCCACACCACUAGUAUCCACCCCCUACUCCUUACAGCCCAGUAGAAACAAGAGCAGUGUCCAUGCGCAGGAGCUCCCAGCCCAACUGAGGGGCCGGAGGCACCCUUGGAGCGAAGAGGAGGAAGAGGACCUACCGCUGCCCUCAGAAAUGGAUCUUUCCCCUGGAAAUGGGGUCUUCCUGCUCCCCACUGCCCCUGGCCUCAUCCCACAGCCGGCCCUGGAGCUAAAGCAGACUUUCCAAGAAGCCCUGCGGGCAGCCAAGGCCUCACAGGCACAGCAGCAGCAGCUCCGUGGGAUGGUGCCCGUGGUGCUGGUGGCCAAGCUUGGGCCACAGGUCAUGGCUGCAGCAGCCAGGGCGCCCGCAAGGCUGCAGCCUGCGGAGCUGGGGUUGGGGGCCACCCACCCCCUCGACCUUCUGCUCCUGGAUGCGCCGUUGGGUGGCCCUCUAGGACUGGACGCGCUGCUGGACGGGGACCCGGCAGUGGUGCUGAAGCACGAGGAGCGGAAGUGUCCCUACUGUGCAGAUCGCUUCCACAAUGGCAUUGGCCUGGCCAACCACAUCCGGGGACACCUGAACCGCGUAGGUGUCAGCUACAACGUGCGGCAUUUCAUCUCCGCCGAGGAGGUGAAGGCUAUCGAGCGCAGGUUCUCCUUCCAGAAGAAGAAGAAAAAAGUGGCCAACUUCGACCCAGGCACCUUCAGCCUGAUGCGCUGUGACUUCUGUGGGGCCGGCUUUGACACCCGGGCUGGCCUCUCCAGCCACGCCCGGGCCCAUCUGCGGGACUUUGGCAUCACCAACUGGGAGCUCACUGUCUCACCCAUCAAUAUCCUGCAGGAGCUUCUGGCCACCUCAGUCACUGAGCAGCCCCCCAGCCCCCUGGGCUGUGAGCCUGGGGGGCCGCCUGGUGGUUUCCUGACCUCCCGCCGGCCUCGCUUACCACUUACAGUGCCCUUUCCGCCCACCUGGACUGAGGACCCUGGGCCAGCCUACGGAGAUGGCCUGGGUUCUGAGGAAAACGCAAUGGUGGUCAUGGACUUGGGCUCCCCUCCGCUCCCCAAGAAGAGCCUGCCUGUCCCUGGGCCCUUGGAGCAGGUGGCCAAUCGACUGAGCAGCAAAGUGGCUGCAGAGGUUCCUCAUGGCAGUAAGCAGGAGCUGCCAGAUCUCAAGGCCCAGAGCCUGACCACCUGCGAGGUCUGUGGUGCCUGCUUUGAGACACGAAAGGGCCUGUCCAGCCAUGCACGCUCCCACCUGCGGCAGCUGGGGGUGGCUGAGUCGGAGAGCAGCGGUGCCCCCAUCGAUCUCCUCUAUGAGCUCGUGAAGCAGAAGGGCCUGCCCGACACACCCCUUGUGCUGCCCCCGGGCCUGACUAAGAAGUCCAGCUCGCCAAAGGAGGUGGUUGCUGGGGCCCCCCGGCCUGGCCUGCUCGCCCUGGCCAAGCCCUUGGAUGCCCCCGCUAUCAACAAGGCCAUCAAGUCACCUCCUGGCUUCUCGGCCAAGGGCCUGGCCCACCCACCCAGCUCCCCGCUCCUCAAGAAGGCACCACUGGCCCUGGCGGGCUCCCCCACCCCCAAGAAUCCUGAGGACAAGAGCCCCCAGCUGUCCCUGAGCCCCCGGCCGGCCUCCCCAAAGGCACAGUGGCCCCAGUCUGAGGACGAGGGGCCCCUGAACCUCACUUUAGAUAGUGACGGGGGCAGAGAGCUGGACUGCCAGCUGUGCGGUGCCUGGUUUGAGACCCGCAAGGGCUUAUCCAGCCACGCCCGUGCCCACCUGCGCCACCUGGGCGUCAGCGACCCGGACGCCAAGGGAUCCCCCAUAGACGUGCUCCACGGGCUCAUCAGGAGGGACGGCGUCCAGAUCCGCCUCCCACCCGGGCGCGGCGCCCCGGCCCAGCUGGGGCGGCCUCCUACCGCCUCUGCGGCCCUCUCCUUGCUCCCCCCCCCACCGCCGGCCAAGAAGGCCAAGCUGAAGGCCGCGGGUACGGCCAGCCCCUGGGGGAAGCAGGACCUCUCGGCCGCUGCAGCCGCCGGCAUUUUCUGGGCCUCUGAUGUGGAGCCGUCUCCUCUCAACCUCUCCUCGGGCCCAGAGCCAGCCCGUGACAUCCGCUGCGAGUUCUGUGGGGAAUUUUUUGAGAAUCGAAAGGGCCUCUCCAGCCACGCACGCUCCCACUUGCGGCAGAUGGGCGUGACUGAGUGGUACGUCAAUGGCUCACCCAUCGAUACGCUGCGGGAGAUCCUCAAGAGACGGACCCAGUCCCGGCCUGGUGGACCCCCCAACCCACCAGGACCCAGCCCAAAAACCUUGGCCAAGAUGGUGGGCAGCGGAGGUCCUGGCAGCUCGUUGGAAGCCCGCAGCCCUGCAGACCUUCACCUCUCAUCCCUGGCCAAGAAGUUGCCGCCACCAACAGGCAGCCCCCUGGGCCACUCACCAACUGCCUCUCCUCCUCCCACGGCCCGGAAGAUGUUCCCAGGCCUGGCCACACCCUCCUUGCCCAAGAAGCUGAAGCCUGAACAAAUGCGGGUGGAGAUCAAGCGGGAGAUGCUGCCAGGGGCCCUUCAUGGGGAGCCGCACCCAUCCGAAGGUCCCUGGGUGGCAACAAGGGAAGACAUGACCCCCCUGAACCUGUCAUCCCGGGCGGAGCCAGUGCGUGACAUCCGCUGUGAGUUCUGUGGCGAGUUCUUCGAGAACCGCAAGGGCCUGUCCAGCCACGCACGCUCCCACCUGCGGCAGAUGGGCGUGACCGAGUGGUCUGUCAAUGGCUCACCCAUCGACACACUGCGGGAGAUCCUCAAGAAGAAGUCUAAGCCGUGCCUCAUCAAGAAGGAGCCUCCAGCUGGAGACCUAGCCCCUGCCUUGGCCGAGGACGGGUCCCCCACAGCGGCUCCUGGGCCUGUGCAGGCCACCCUGCCACUGGCACCCAUGGCUGGCCGGCCAGGCAAACUGGGAGCCAGCUCAGCCCAGGUUCCCCGCGAUCUUAGUCUGACACCCAUCACCGGGGCUAAGCCCUCAGCCACUGGCUACCUGGGCUCAGUGGCAGCCAAGCGGCCCCUGCAGGAGGAUCGCCUCCUCCCAGCAGAGAUCAAGGCCAAGACCUACAUCCAGACCGAACUGCCCUUCAAGGCAAAGACCCUCCAUGAGAAGACCUCCCACUCCUCCACUGAGGCCUGCUGUGAGCUGUGUGGUCUUUACUUCGAGAACCGCAAGGCCCUGGCUAGCCAUGCACGGGCACACCUUCGGCAGUUUGGCGUGACCGAAUGGUGUGUGAACGGCUCGCCCAUCGAGACGCUGAGCGAGUGGAUCAAGCAUCGGCCCCAGAAGGUGGGGGCCUACCGCAGCUACAUCCAGAGCAGCCGCCCAUUCACCAAGAAGUUCCGCAGUGCCGGCCACGGCCGCGAUGGCGACAGGCGGCCACCCCUGGGGCUGGCCCCCGGAGGCCUGGCCAUGGUGGGCCGCAGUCCUGGGGGUGAGCCAGGGCCUGAAGCUGGCCGGGCAGCUGACAGUGGUGAGCGGCCCCUGGCAGCCAGCCCGCCAGGUACCGUGAAGGCUGAGGAGCACCAGCGGCAGAACAUCAACAAAUUUGAACGCCGACAAGCCCGCCCUCCAGAUGCCUCUGCGACCCGGGGGGGUGAGGAGGCCAAUGACCUGCAGCAGAAGCUGGAGGAGGUUCGGCAGCCCCCACCCAGGGUCCGGCCGGUCCCCUCCCUGGUACCCCGGCCACCCCAGACAUCACUUGUCAAGUUUGUGGGCAACAUCUACACCUUCAAAUGCAGGUUCUGUGACGUGGAAUUCCAAGGGCCCCUCUCCAUCCAGGAGGAGUGGGUGCGGCACUUACAACGGCACAUCCUGGAGAUGAAUUUCUCUAAAGCGGACCCUCCGCCUGAGGAGCCCCAGGCCCCACAGGCACAGACAGCGGCAACAGAGGCACCCUAACACAAAAGCAUUCCAGAUCCUCUCUCAUGCUGCCUCUGUCUCCUCUUUCUCCUUGGCCUCCUCUUCCCUCUCCUCUUUCUUUUCCAUUUCCAAAGGAGCAAGCCAAAACCUCAAACCGGCACCUGUUCAGGGCCGGGCACACUACAGCUGGGGCGCCAGGAGCCAGCUAGCUGCCCUUCCCACAGCCCGAAACUCUGGGGCAACACACAGGGCGUCUUCCUUCAGCCCACGCCCCUGGGUCCAGUAAGGGCAGUGGCCAGGUCUCUUCAGCUGGCAGCCGACCUGGUUGCAGGGGAGGGAG